CUCUCGUCACAUUGGUCGUCAGAUUCAUCGCGCUGCUGGGCUGGGUCUCGCCAUUCACUUGAUCGACACAAAUAAACACAGGGAACGCGCUUUGAAACCGUCCUCAUUUUAAAACGUUUCAUUGUCCGUCUCGUCAUUGGCGUUUCUGUUUUUUGACAUUUGGAAGUUAACGAGUAUAAAUAUUUUGGUGUUUUCGAGCCGUCAGAAACACUGACACGUGACGCCUGAGAAACUUUUGCGUGCGUAACGACACUGGAAGACGAAAUGGGGGAGAAUGAGGUACAGAUGGAGAACACAGAGCAAAUGCAGGAGUCUCACACUUCAAGCUCGGACAAAAUCGACUUGUCAUUAGAUGACAUUAUAAAGCUGAAUAAGAAAGAGCAGAAGGCGAACAGAGCUACGAACAGAGCUAAAAGUAAACGUGCUGCUAACAGGAACAACGUCUUGAAGAAACUCAACCAGGUUCCACAGCAGCAGAGGGGACUCGGACGAGGAGCGCAACAGUACCAAGGUCCUGGCAGGUUGAGAGGUUUGAGGAGACAAAGGGGAUCCGGUAGGGGCAUGGUGUCAAGAGGGGGUUCGCUAAACAGAGCCUCCGCCAUGACCGGUGGACAGUUUGAUCAGACCACAUUCACAUCGAGGGGGACAUUCAGAGGACGAGGAAGAGGUAGAGGAAGAGGAGGCGGACUGAGCAGGGGUGCAAUGUUAUCAAGAGGACAAAGGGGUGGAAGACCAUUUGUAUUAGACAGAGGGUUUUCUGCCACAAAAAUGGCUGAGAAAUUACAAAAGUAUCAGAAAAUAAGAAGUCACAGAACAGAACCAUCUGGCUCAACGCUGACAGUUUCCCUGCCAAAUGCUACAUCUGCACCUGUCACUGUGACUACACCUCAUCAGGCUAGGAGGGGUGGGGCAGUGUUAAGGGGCAGAUCAUCUAGAGGAGCCAGUACUUCUUCACCUAAGGGGAUUCCUCUGCAGUUUAACUACAAAGCAACCACUAACCAGACUGCCGUAUCCCUCAAUGACCGUUUCACUGACCUGAGGUUCAGAGGGCGAGGACGAGGAAGGGGUGGUGGAAGAGGAAGAGGAGCUGUUGGAGCAGGCGGACGAGGUGGAGGAAGAGGAAACGCUUUUGGGGGUGGACGAGGCAGAGGAAGAGGAAACAUUAUAGGUGCUGGAAGAGGCAGAGGAAAUAUUAUAGGUGCUGGAAGAGGCAGAGGAAGAGGAAACAUUAUAAGUGCUGGAAGAGGCAGAGGAAAUAUUGUGGGGGGUGGAAGAGGAAGAGGAAGAGGAAGAGGAGGGGUUGGUGAUACAAGAGGAGGACGAGGCUUGAGAAGAGGGAGGGGAGGAUCAAGAGGGGCUGGUCGAACAGUAACUCUGCAGUGAUUAGAAUAACAAUCAUUCAGUUUUAUGAAUUAGUAGUGUUUACUGUUAGUGAUGCACUGAAAUUUUAGCAACCAAAAUUUUAUGAAAAUUACUUGAAUCCGAAACAACAACAAAAAAAAAGGUAAUAAUUUUCAGUUUUGACCAAAAUAGUUUGAGGGCUUUGCUAUCACAGGACUAAAUUACAGUUUAAAAUAUAGUAGUCAACAUUUGAAGUGGAUCAAAAAAGUUCAUCAAAGUUGUCCCAAGAACUAAGUUGUGCUAAGAAGAACUUUUUAGGACAACUUUGAUGAAAGGUUUUGAUCCACUUCAAAUGUUGACUACUGUAUAUUAAAAUAGAAAAAUAUUUUUAAUUGUAAUAAUAUUACAAUCUAUUAUUUAUCAUAUUACAGUAUUACUGUUUUUACUGUAUUUUUCCAUCAAAUAAAUGCAGCCUUGGUGAGCAUAAGAGACUUUUCAAAAACAUGUAAAAAUCUUACAGACCCGAAACUUUCGAACGGUAGUGAAUAUCAUUGAGAAUAUAAAAUAUAUCUGAAUAUAUCAGAUGUAAUCAUAAACUGAAACAGUGAAUUUUAAUUGCUUUUCUCCAAUGACGGUAAACAUCGAUGCAAAAUGGACGCUCUUCAUCAUGAACAAAAAUGAUGCUAGAAUAACAAUAUGUAAAAAUUGUUUGAAAUAUCAAGAGGUGGCUCAUUGCUAAAUAAGUUCACUACGACUGGUAUAAUUUAUCACCUAAUCAUGAGAUCCUGAGCAGCACAAAACGUUCGGUUUCAGUUUUGGUUUUCAGCUUAAUGAAAACUUUACAGUUUUGUAAUCAAAUAAUUUUGGUGCAUCACUAUUUACUGUAAUGAUGUGAUUCAACUAGUUUACGAAUGCUUAAGUAUGAUUUUAAAAACAAGGACAAUUCACACUCAAGUAGCAGAACACCUCAGAUCUUUUGCAGAACUAAACACUUAAUUCGAAACUUUAAAAUAAUUUGACAAAACCCAAUUUUAACACUGUAUGGCACACACAUUCAUUCAUACAAUCUGAUUCUGUUUGAACCACUUACACACUGCAGCUUAAACACUUGCAACAUUUAUACUUUUGCAAUGAGAUAGCCUGGGUUUGGUUUUUUUUUCCAGAGAUAUUGUGCGAGUAAAGCAUUAUUGACCAAACACCACAAGACCAGUACUGCACAUUGAUGGAAAUAUUUAUUUCUCUCCACAUUGUAAAAUCAGUCAAUACAUCCUUGCAUUUCCAAAGGUUGCAUUUUGCACUGAAAAAAAAAAAAUCACAACAUAUUCUAACAUAGUCAACAAAAACCUUUGUUGAGACAAAAAAGUGAAAAUUAAAAAAAAACCUUAGCAUCAUCUCUUUGCCUAGCUGGAUCUGGCCAUAGCACUUUGUGCACAUCACAGGCUAUGUCCUCUCUCCUAAGACAAUGAGGGAAGAACCUUCAUAAAUGGUGAAUCCAUCCUUGCACAGACCCUGCAUAAAUGAAGUUACAGGCCUCCUCCAUGGCUUGAAUGAAGGAUAUCCUCACAUAGGGCUAGAGAUUGUUAACCUUCCACUGCUAUGCUGAAAAAAAAAAAAAAACUCCUCAUUGGGGUUAAGGAAGGGAGAGUAUGAUGGGUAAAAUUGUUGAUGCUCAUGAAACCACAUGACAAUGGAUCUCACCUGCUCUGUAUCCAUUUGGUUUCAAACAUGGAAUAAGGUGAAUGGGUCCCAAAAAUACUGGUGGAGUUCAUAUAGUAGGCUACAUUGUACUGUAGACUGUAGAGAAUUUUUUUUUUUUUUUUACCUGUGCUCUUGUCCAAAUUACUGUAGCAAUAGUACUGUAUAUCUUGUUGGGCUGAACUCUCUGUCCACCCUCUCAAUGUCAACCCAUGGUUUACAACAUGAUCAACCAAGGUUGCUCAAAUCACAUUUGAUAAAUAUUGUCCUCGUCUUUUUUGUCCAGAUCCUCCUCCAGGUCUACCUCUUCCUCUCCCUCUUCCUCUUCCUCUUCCUCUUCCUCUUCCUCUUCCUCCACGGGCUCCCCCUCUCAUCCUCACUCUCCCUCUGCAAUGUUGUCUUCCAUUUUUUUGAAGACAGAUAAACUCACCUGUUGCCUUUUUAUAGUGCUUACACUUGAUUGUUGAGUUUACAAUUAAGCACCCAAGUGUCUGCACACCUGACGGCCAUGUUUGAUCAAUUGGUCCAUAGGUGUGGUAUUUUAGAAAGCAGUGCCUUGAGAUGGCAAAGAAGUGACGUAUUAGAUUUCUGUGUCUAAAGAAGUGUGUGUAGUGAUUUGCAAAAAGUGUGAGGCUGAGAAUGUACUUAUAGUUGUGCAGGUCUGGGCUGAGGGUUUGCUUCUUGAGUGUCAGGUUUCACUAACUGUGCGUUAUUUCAAUCGUAAAAAAAAAAAAAAAAAAAAAAAAACACCCUGUAAAUAUUUGAAAGAAUUCUGACAGGGAUAAGGAGGUUUUAUUGCAGUGUACAAACAGAAGAUUGUCCUUUUUAAAAGAAAAUGUAAAAUGUUUGUUAUAUGAUGAAGAUUUUUACAUUUUUAAGGAAAAAUACACGUUUGAAAGUACCUCAGAGGAUAAUGAAGUGCCUCUUCGUAUACAGUGUAAAUACUGUUUUGCAUUCUGACACUAGAAGAUUUCCUCUCAGUAAUAAAAAUCAUAGCCUAUAUUUCAAACCAAAUGUAAAUAUGCAAAGAAGUUGUUUACAUUUGAUAUCAUCAUAUCAAUAAACCAAACAAUGGACAUUUUUGACAGUAUUAUUUUGUGUUUUCUGUGUGGUCUGUCUGACAAAAAAUAAAAUUGUAAUUUACUGUU